GUUCGGAGGGCUUCGAAAUCCGGGAUUUCGACAAGUACGACGUGCUCAACGCGACCGUGCUCCACGCCACCGUGCGCCUGCUGAUGUCGGACGAGAGCCGCUUCUUCGUGCAGGUCGUCCUGUCCAGGGAAGAGCUCGGCGGCGAGGUCAGAUUCGAGUACCUCGACACCAUCAAGGGUCAGAGCAUACUGCCGCUCGUGCUGAGAAAGAAACCGGAUUUCUCGCUGGCCAGCUCACGAAUGGAUCUCGGCGCGGGAAGCAUCAACCUGCGAGUCACGUACACGCGUCCCAACGGCACUGUGGCCGCCAACGGUACCCUGAUCCUGACCCCGUACACCGAGAAAGCGGACAUACCCUGCACGUCGAACUGGGACUGUCGCAAGUACAAGAGCAACUGCAUAAGACCCCCCCUCGGCAGGUGCAGGUGUCCCAGAGGAAGCAAGUUCGAGAAGCACCGAGGCCUCUGCCAGACAAAGUGCACUGACAAGAACGACUGCAUAGACUACCUGGGCCCUACCAGCCUGUGUUUCUUGAACAGAUGCACCUGCACAAGCGGCUCUUACCUUCUCUUCGGUCAAUGCAAUUUCCCUACUGAGUGCACAGCAAAAUCUUGCUCUGGUGGAGCCAUCUGCGAAAAUUGGAGGUGCUUGUGUCCGACAGGAUUCUUGGGAGUGCAGGGGAGCUGCAUCCCUCUCCAGUGCAAAAACGACUCGGACUGCGGCCUUUGGCUUCACAUGGAGUGCGCACGUGCGCGACCGGGGUCACGUGACAAGUUCUGCCGGUGUGCCAACGGCACGGCCCUGCUACAAGGAUCAUGCAACCCAACAACCAACCUGGGUCCCUGCCCGUAUGGCCUUUGCAAGACGGAGUACUCGACGUGCGACCCAUCGACAUCCACCUGCUUCUGCAAGAAAGGCUACGAGCUGCGCAUCUACAGCUCCGAUUGGGUCUGCGAGAAGAAAGAAACGCAAACCGUGGACCGCGUCUGCAUGGACGAUAGCCAGUGCUACAAGAGGGAAAUCUGCGAAGACAACCUGUGCAGGUGUCCCAAAGGCAUGGACCUAAAGAACCUGGAGUGCGUCGAGAUCAAGCUGCCAAAGGUACGCACCAACCUCACCCUCUUUCUGUGGCUCUCGGUCGCGAUGCUGGCGCUGAUCGUGAUGUUCCUGUCGUUCGGCUGCUGCCUCUACCUGCUGGCACAGCGGGCCGAGAACGAGCAGAACGCCAUCGCGCAGAUGUUCGACGUCAGCGAGGACUUCUCCAUCAAGGGCACCGCGUGAGGACUUGAGCACCGGGCCUGCCUUUUGGGGGACUUGGAUCGCGUCUUUACAUUUUUUUUUGUUAGCAUACUGACUGAUCACGUGACGAGAAACGCACCGACCAGAACCAAUCGCCGAGAAUCACAUUUUGUCGAGUUUUUUUUCGAGCAGAACGCCAUCGCGCAGAUAUUCGACGUCACCGAGGACUUCUCCAUCAAGGGCACCGCGUGAGGACUUGAGCACCGGGCUUGUUUUUUGGGGGGACUUGGAUCACGUCAUCUUUACUUUUUUUUGUUGACAUACUGACCGAUCACGUGACGAGAAACGUACCGACGAGAACCAAUCGUCGACAAUCACGCUUUCUUGAGCACCGGGCCUGUUCUUUUGUGACUUGGAUAACGUCUUUACUUUUUUUUUCUAUUUUGACAUACUGACUGAUCGCGUGACGAGAAAAGUACCGACGAAAACCAAUCGUCGACAAUCACACUUUCUUGAGCACCGGGCCUGAUCGUUUGUGACUUGGAUGACGUCUUUACUUUGUUUUUUUUUACAUACUGACUGAUCACGUGACGAGAAACGUACCGAGGAGAACCAAUCGUCGACAAUCACAUUUUCUCGAGUUUCUUUUUUUUUUCCCCUGUUCGUACGACAAUGCGUGACCUCUGUUUUCCGGAUUGAAGGUGCCUUUCGGUGCUUUUUAUUGCCUUUCUUUACUCUCCCGCGUGUACAUAUAUUGCACAAUUUCAUAUUCGCUCCACUACCAAAAAAUACGAGGCUUUCAACGAGAGAAGUUCCACUGAAGACGCUUACUCUCGAGCGUUCUUAUUCCCCGCAAUGUUUCCGCUGAUAAAUCAAAGAAAGACGUGGCGCAGCCAUCUUGUCCUGAUGGCGAGAUCUCAUUGGAGUGCAUUGCGAGAACAUCUCGUGUGCACGCUUGGCACGGAAUGUACGUUUUAUUUUGCGUUUUGACGGUGCACGUUAGUUUCCACUGAGCUAUACAGUAUAAGACGGCGUGCGUUUUGUGCUUUCUUAGAAAAACUUUCGCAAGAUGUGCAUCGUGGAUGCAGCACUGGCGAAGUGUGUCACCUGCGUCAUCAGCGUCGUUUUUUUACGUGUGUGUGUGUCUUUGUUUUUGUUGAUCACUCUUUCUUUCUGCGGCCAUCUUUCUAUUGCGUCAUAUUUUUUUUGUAUUCACGGUUUGUCUAAUUGUGAGGAAAAGUGCGUAAA